AUGGUCUCAUCAAGAUGGACGAGCACAGGCUUUAAAGGGAGAUGGGAUACCGUGUAUCGUCGAGUGGUGCCUCUGGUGGCUUUGGCAUACAUGCUCAAGAAGCGGAUGGACUACUUAAGGGUGCUCACUGACGAUGAGAAGGAGUGGCUAGCUGCGGAAGUUAUGCGUCGCAGAGUAGCGCUGGCCCAAGCAAUGGAGGAUGCGAAAGACCCCGAUACGCUGCUCACGGCACUGCUCGGUCUUGCGAGGUGCUCCACUGAUGACCCUGAGGUUAUAUCCAUUCUCAAAGUAGCAGUGAAUAGGACCUUGGCAAGAGUCUUGAAGGCUCUAGAGGCAGACCAUAAGCAUCGGUCUGCAGCCAAGGAUUUGUACUUCUACUGCACUCGUGGAGAGCUUGUUGGUUUCGCAAAGCGUUCCCUAGUGGAUGCCCUGGGGCAUAAGCUGCAUCUAGCCGCGUUGUGCCAGUGUGCUACUGCAUCACGCUUGGUCGUGCAUCUGUUGGUCAGCUCCCCAACCGUCCUGCUUGGCAUGACACUUUCCACGGCGAUGUCGGCAGUGUGCGGAUGGCUGGCGGCUGAGAGUGUCUCUCAUAGGGGUAAAAUUAUGGAGGUGGCGAUGAGCCCUCAGGACCGCAGUUUGAGGCCUAUCUUAUUGAUGUUUAUGGAGCUGGCUAGGCUGGAGUUAACACAGAUAUUCCUGUGUGCUGCGGGGGAGGUGGUACUGGAUGCCACUCAGCAUGAGGCCAUAACCAGCCUCAAAGGGGAGCUCUAUACAAGAGCCUUACUCAUGGACUAUAAGCAGGUCGUCUCAACGGACUUGGACCUUCUGCGUCGUACGAUCGGGAGCUGUGGCACUGUGUGCCGGCUGUUACUAGGGUUGCCUAGUAAGGUUACUACACGUUUCAGUGGGGCUAGCACGACGCUGUGGCAAAUCUAUCGCAAGUCGGGGAACUCUAGAAGGAGGUUCCUAGGCUUGGUACUGUUCAUUUUCGGUUCUGUAUUUUUCAAGCGUCGAGUUAUGGAGUAUCUCAUUUACUGGCGUUUGAUGGACACCUCUGUGGUGGACCCGAGAGGCGGUCCUGUUAUGCUAAGGUUGUGGCGACAUCUGUACUCCCCGGAAAGCAUUCUGCAAGUUCGAGCCUUCGGUCGGCAGGAGUUGGAGGCUAGACAGUUCCAGGCUACUAUAAGGAUGAUGGAGAGACGGAAUGAGUAUGAUGCCUCUCGACAGGCUCUCAUGCACCUCCCCAUGGUACAGCUACUAACGUCGUGUGCUCACGUAUCAGAGGUGGCAGCAAUAGCAUUAGUAACGGGCAGCGGCUCUGGAGAUGACGCUGGCAUCGUCGGCUCUGUCAUGACCGCAGCAUUGGGCCAAUCAGUUGGUGGGGAAGCAGGUACUUGGGCCUCGGUGUCUGGCAGUAUUGACACCCUCCUUGACACUGCCGAUGCUGUGGCCUCGGCUGCUGAUGAUGCUUGUCGAAUAGUGAAGGCUCUGGAUACCCCGACUGAAGGCGUUCCCAACGGCAAACUCCCGAGUAGCUCUCUCGAGUUGGCAGGUCUUGAAGUGGAUGUGCGCAACGUUAGCUUUGCAUACGAGCAGGCUGCUGGCUCUAAUGGUCAACGAGGAAACUCGGCGAAUUCGCCAGGCUUAUGUGACAUCAGUUUUUGUGUACCCCCUGGGCAAAGGGUUGCCAUAGUGGGGGAGAGUGGCACUGGUAAGACUACUCUGGUGGAGGUGUUGUUACAGGCGAUCAAGCCAGACAAGGGCCAAGUUUUUUUAUCGGGUAAGCCUUUGAGCUCACUGAACCCCCAAGCGCUGAGGAGUACUGGCCUGUUGGGCUGUGUUAUGCAGGAGAGUCCUCUCACGGAGAGAGCCUCCAUACGAGAAGCAUUGAAUUAUGGUAUGACCCCGAUGGCCUCUGAUGCCGAGUUGUUGGAUGCCUUGGCCCGAGCACAGCUGCAGUAUACCCUAGGGGUGAAGUCCCUGGGUCUGGAUGGUAAACUGGCUGAGCUUAGCGGCGGGGAGCGCCAGCGUGUCGAGUUGGCGCGAGUAAUUCUGACUCGUCCAAGACUGGCAAUCCUAGACGAGGCUACGAGUGCUCUUGAUGAGGUUACUCAGAAGAGGGUCAUGAAGGAGAUCUUCGAGGCUUGUGGGACUGUGAUCCUAACAUGCCAUCGUCCGAGUGUAGUUCGCAUGUGUGAGAGGGCGAUCGUGUUGGUAAGGGGAGGCUCUGUGGUGGAGGACGGCCUUGUGGAAGAACUUUCUCGAGAUCCCAACAGUCGCUUGCGGGCUCUUAUGGCUGAACGGAUCAGCCCACAGGUGCAGAAGGCUACCACUGCUCUGCCUCUUACCAAUGGCUUCGGAUUGGGCCAAGAUUUUCCUGGUUGAUAUCGAAAUAUUUCUAAACGUAAUUAACAUAGCGCUCUGCGUAUCAACGCUGUGUUAG